UCGUUUCCUGUCUAGCUAGUGUUGUCCGAGGAACAAUACAACUCAGAACCCGAAAGAAAUUCAUAAGGGUACCGUAUACAACCACCAGAUAUGACAUUGUUAUCUUAGGAAAUGAAGGUCUGCAUGUAAAAGGUAUCAAGCAAAAUGGCAUCAAUUGCACGUGAUUUGUUCAAUAUCAAAUCAAAAAGUAAAGAUCCAAUCCGAAAGAAACUGUUCGGAUCACCUGUGGUUGAUGGAGAGAGAACAUCAGAAUUCCACUAUACAUUAACUUUCAUGAACAAACUUCAGAUUGAACACGACACAGAGCUCAGCUACAAAGCAUUACAAAAAGAUACACAUGAGCAGUGUUUAACACAGAUGAGACAGUUGCUGAAGAAAAUGGCUGAGGAUGAUUGGCGUUAUCCUAACAUAGACAAAUUGAUAGGAACAUGAUUUGGAACAUGAUGAAGCAUUAUCAACAAAUUGAUGGACUCUUUACCAGGAUAAGUUAGUUUCCUGAUGUUGACAACAUAAACAAUUUGAACAGAAUGGACAAUCUUUCAUUUCAAGCUGGACAACAAUAACGUCAUUGACGAUUUUACAAUUGCAGUUAAAGAUUAAAGUGUAACCUGAUACUUCACAGAUCGAAUUAGAACAAGAUUCUUCUGAAUGAGCACUGUGCUAGAGUUCCCCCACUUCUGUUACUUGUAGUUACAUUUUGCGAGUAUCAGUUAUGAAUUCAGCUAUUUUCAUCAUUGUCAUUAACACCUUUAGUCUUUAAAUGUUUUUAUGUGUUGUUCAAUUUUUUGACAUUGAUAAUCAAGCUUAGUCUUGUUACCCCAAAAUUCUUUCAAUAUCAUUUAAUAGUUUUUAACUGAGUAAAUAAUUGAAAGAAGUGAUGAAGUUUUCUGAGAGUACACCUAGGAUAGAGCAGUUUAUAAAGUGAUAGGCUAUCUUUUUGUUGAUGCACUCGGUGAUAGUAAUGUAUUUCAGUUUUCCAAAUGUAAUACGAAAGCUAAGAGAUCAGUAAAGACUGUACAGUGAGAUUCUUGAUAUGAAUUUAGUGUUUAUCCCUGGCUAUUAACAUUGUGUGUAUCUGCUUAUUACCAAUAACACUACAGUCAUUCUGUAAUAUCCUUCUUGAUUUGAAAUCUCUGGUGGUUUUGUAGAGAUUCACCCACCUUUUUCCUCUUUUCAUUUCAAUUUUGUGAAUUUGAUUGGUACACUUCUUAAUUCAAACAACAAAAAACUUUGUAAGUGCACAGAAACAUGGUUGAGAGAACACUAGAUUUAUUCCAUGUUUUUCAUGCAUACUUUUAUAAUGAUACAUUCUGAAAUAAAAUCUGUGUAGCUUUUUCAUGGGAA